ACCCUGCCCUGCAAAGACCCUGCAGCUCCACGUUUACAAGUGCUCGCCCUUCCUCUCGGUGUCAGGGAAAGGAGCGGGCAAUGAGUUGAGACUCAUAAUCCUGGGUUCUUGCAUCCUGCACACAGAUAGCUCAUCUUCUCGCGCCCCCCACACUGCACGGCCGGAGACUUCUGUUCGCCGAGGCCAGUCUCGCCUAACCGGAACGCGAAUUCCUGUGGCUGGAGCCCACGGAUGAUGCUCGCUGGCCGGGAGCUUCCCGAAAGGUGUCUGCCUCCCCAGGUGCUCGAGGCCACGCUGAGGGGCUCCUCCUUCCGCGCCUCACCUCACCCCCAGACAUCUCUUGCCACCACCUCGCCCACCCUUGUCUAAACCCCCGCGCCCCCCGCCCCCGGGCGCAGCGCCCCCUCCCUCGGCUGCGCCCGGGCGGGGAGCUGAACGGACAGGGGCGCGCGGGAGGCGCGCAGAGCUCUCCGGCUGCCGGCGCUCGCCACGCCUGGGGAAUUGGGCUGUGGGCGAGGCGGCUGAGGCUGGCCUUUAUCGCUCGCCCCCUGGUCGUUUGAAACUUUAUCAGCGAGUCUCGCCACUAGCCGCAGACGCGAGCGGGGGGCGGGGGCGCGGCGCGGCGCCGGCGGCCGUGACUGGGCGCUCCCGGCGCUGAGCGCUUCUGCUCGGGGCACGCAUGGCGCCCGCACAAGGAGUCUGACCUGAUGCGGACGCAAGGGGGUUAAUAUGAACGCCCCUGUCGGUGGAAUCUGGCUUUGGCUCCCUCUGCUCUUGACCUGGCUCACCCCUGAGGUCAGCUCUUCAUGGUGGUACAUGAAAGCUGCAGGCGGCUCCUCCAGGGUGAUGUGUGACAAUGUGCCAGGCCUGGUGAGCCGCCAGCGACAGCUGUGCCACCGACACCCGGACGUGAUGCGUGCCAUCGGCUUCGGCGUCGCAGAGUGGACAGCAGAAUGCCAGCACCAGUUUCGCCAGCACCGCUGGAACUGCAACACCCUGGACAGGGAUCACAGCCUCUUCGGCAGGGUCCUGCUCCGAAGUAGUCGGGAGUCUGCCUUUGUUUACGCCAUCUCCUCAGCUGGAGUUGUAUUUGCCAUCACCAGGGCCUGUAGCCAAGGAGAAUUAAAGUCCUGCUCCUGUGAUCCAAAGAAGAAGGGCACCACCAAGGACAGCAAGGGAACUUUCGAUUGGGGCGGCUGCAGUGAUAACAUUGACUAUGGGAUCAAGUUUGCCCGAGCGUUUGUGGAUGCCAAGGAAAGGCGAGGGAAGGAUGCCAGAGCCCUGAUGAAUCUCCACAACAACAGAGCCGGCAGGAAGGCUGUGAAGCGGUUCUUGAAACAAGAGUGCAAGUGUCACGGCGUGAGCGGUUCCUGUACUCUGAGGACGUGCUGGCUGGCCAUGGCCGACUUCAGAAAAACAGGCGAUUAUCUCUGGAGGAAGUACAAUGGGGCCAUCCAGGUCGUCAUGAAUCAGGAUGGCACCGGCUUCACUGUGGCGAACAAGAGGUUUAAGAAACCUACAAAAAAUGACCUUGUGUAUUUUGAGAAUUCUCCAGACUACUGUAUCAGGGACCGGGAUGCAGGCUCCCUGGGUACAGCAGGCCGUGUGUGCAACCUGACUUCCCGAGGCAUGGACAGCUGUGAGGUCAUGUGCUGUGGGAGAGGCUAUGACACUUCCCGGGUCACCCGGAUGACCAAGUGUGAGUGUAAGUUCCACUGGUGCUGUGCUGUGCGCUGUCAGGACUGCCUGGAGGCUCUGGAUGUGCACACGUGCAAGGCCCCCAAGAAUGCCGAUUGGGCAGCUCCCACAUGACCCCAGCGGAGGUCACCUUUCACCUUCCCUCUGCCAACGAAUCCAUUGGAUCUGCAAGAACACUGGGCCUUUGGGUUCUCUCGGGGUGAUCGUUCCAAGGCAUGUGACCUUUGUCUCAAUAAAAGCCCCUUCUCCCUCCCUCAGGGCCCAGGUCUAGAGCCACAUGUUAUACACAAAGCAUGCCCAAUUCUCUCUGACUUCCAGCAUUUUGGAGUACAUUUCUUCUGGUCAUGACAAGGCUGUUAGAGGACAUGGAGAUAUGGGUCUUGAUCAAUGUCUCCAUCUAGAAGUCUCCUUUUUGUAGAGCAGUUGACCAGAGGGAGUAAGAGUAUCUCAAAAGAACCUUCUGUGUCUUACUACAAAUGUGCACAAAUAAGAAAUUCCAUACUUCCAUGUGGAGGGAAAAGUAAAGAAAGCAAACACAACUGCCAUUGAAUUAACUUUUAUUCCUGAAAAGACCAAGCAAAGCUUAUGCCUUAUCAAGUGAUCUUCACAGCCAUUACCUCCUGGGGUAAUUAGUCAUUGCCUAAAGAAGGAUGGCUUUCAAUAAAUUUUAAGUUUAAAACACAUUUUUUUCCAGGCAUUUAUUACCAUAUUAAAAGCUGAUUAUCAUAUUAAAAUCUGAUGUGAGAAGGCAUAAUUGUUAUCCUUUGGUAUAAUUUUGAAACUUUGAAAAAACAAAAAUCUCAGAAAAUGGUUGCUUUGCAUUACUGCCCCCUCGAGAAAAUAACCUGGAGAAAUGAAUAAGACUUUCUCUCACUUAGGAGCUGGAGGGCAUUAAAAGGAAGAUUUAUUAUCUGGCAGGAUUCUGUAACUAUUGGGUGAAAGUAGAGGAAAAUAACUUAGUGAGUGGAAUAUUAGAAAAUGUGUCUGUACAGAUAAGAAAAAAAGGAAGGAAUAAAAUUUCUGUCUGGUAUAAUGCAGGUGGCCCAUGGAAUUUUGUAACUGAAAUGGUUUUGGGAAUGCAAACUUUGAGGUUGACAAGACCAGAGGACCAAAAUGCUGACAGAGAUCUUUCCAGAGCUAAGUUGUGGCCAGCCUUUACCCAUCAGCAGAUGCCUGAAAUCAGUUGGCCACGUGUGCAGGCGAAUCUCUGCUGGUACCCAUCACCCUUCCAGCACCUCUGAGGCUUCAGGAUGACAAGAUACCAUAGCCUAAAGCAAAUGACACAUGGCUUUGUGUGUAAAGUUAGUAACCCGGGCAUAUUAUGUUACAAACAAAUCUUAACUUGGAGAUUACAUUUAAGGGUCCUAGCUGUAAUUAUGGGAGCAUCAAUAUGUAAAUUGUGGUCAGCUCCUGCCACAAGCGAAACAUCCAGGGAAAUUGAAGAGGCUGCCUGGCCCACUUUGCAAAUUAAUGAAAGAAAGGUGAAGUUGAUGAAGCUACUUCUCAUCCUCUCUUACACUUAGGUUGGUGUUCUAAACAGAACUGUUCACAAAACUCCAUUAGCUCACAGGACAUUUCAAUACAAACUUCUGAUGUCCAACUGUUGACGCUUGCUCAUUUUGAUUCUUUGACCUCUAUUCUUGCUUUACAUUAGGACAUCUAGACUGAGAUCAGUGGGAAAAGCCUGCUGGAGCAUCUCAUCGUGAUCAAUAUGUGCACCCUUGUCCUCUUAAAAAACGACAGGAUUCUCCUUUCCUCCAUUUUGAACUCCAAAAUGGGUUAGCUGAUGUUUCCUAAGUGGCUCUUUCCUCUUUUGAAUCUAUGGAGCAAGAGAGUGGGGGCAACUUGGGAUGGUGAGAAGAUCAGAACUGUGGGCUCAGUUUAGUCACACCAAAGCCUGCUGUGAUGAAGGGGCUUUCUCAGUGGUUCCAGGCCCUCAAACUCUUCUUCCUUCUGGGAGAACUGUGAAAUCAUGAGUCCAUGGAUGUAUUUAGACUUGGAAAGGCUUUUAAGGGACACCUCAACUCCCCCUAAUUUGCUUCCAGGGGAACUGAGUCCAAGAAAGGUGAAAGAAUCUCCACAGAUACCACCGUUACCCCAGCGCUCCAUUAAAUAGGACUGUGGACCAAAAGUACCUGAGAAAAUUAGCACUUUAGCUAUUAAAUGAAAUUAGUUGGUCUCAGAAUUAAUUUGGUGGAACCUAAAUAAUUUUAGCAUUCUAAGGGGAUAUUCAUUAUUGGCUUUUCUUUCACCCCUGAGAUGACCUAACUUUUUACACUUAAGUGGUCCUUUCUGAUAAGAAACAAGGGGGCAAGCCACAGCCAUAUAGAAAUGUGCAUACAUUGCCCUGCAGGUAAGGGAGACCCCCAGCUCAAGUGGCAGUGGGUGAGCCUUUGAAGGAGCAAAAUAAGAAAGUCAGAUACUUUUAUCUGCUUUUACUUCUAAAAGAGAAAAUCUUCAUUAUUUGAAAAAAAAAAUUGUGAAAACAGGCGAAAUCAUUUGAAACUCAUUUUCCUUAGGAUUUGAUAGAGGAUCAGUAUCUGACUAUCCUAAUAUAGGCUAAACCUUCAUUAUCUGAGAACUCAAGGAACUGUAUAGCACAAGCUACUUAAAACAGAAUAAUGAGAGUCUACUCCAGUGAGACAUCCUCACAAAUUCCCCCAAUAACAAUCUUACAAAGUUUUCUAGUCCAAGAUGACACUUUAUUUUCUACAAAAUCUGAAAUAUCCCUACACAAUAGAAGAUCUUGACUGUUCUGCUGAAAUUUCCUACAAUAAAAAUGUAAUCUGCACAUGCCUGAGACUUAGCAAAUGGGUUGUUUUCUUCAAUAGUUUUGCACAGACCACAAACUGGUCUGUGAUGCUGACGGAUCUCCUCUGUAUUCUGUGAACACACUUUGUCAGAGGUCUUUCUCAUUACAGUAGACUGGACAGCCCCUCUCACUCUGGAAGACUUAACACCCUGCCAUGAGAGACAUUCUAUCCCCUCAGACGGCUUCCGCUCAAGCACAAAAUCCCCAUGCUCAGCUCAGUGAUGGGGCCCUGGCAUGUUACUUGAAACAGAUGCUUCGGGACAGAAGUGGCAGAGACAUAGGGCACCCCAGGACACUGGCUCUCUGCUCUUCUUUUAUAUGGGUGUUACCAGAUUGAAACAAACAACCUAGUGGAGCAAUGAAAUGGCAAUUUAGUCUCCACAGGGUCAGGUAAUGGGAGGAGGAGCGAGGGAAAGUGUUGCAGAACCCUUCUCAAAAACCCAGGUGAGGUUGCGAGGUGAGGUGGCGAGUCACUUUUUCAGCUCUAUUGGUAACCUCUACUCUUCCUUCAGCUUCUGCUUUCCUGUCCCCUCCCAGCUCCUACUUCCAGAGGAGGCCCAGAGGCCCAGGCAUUGUCCAGAACCUGCAGCCCCAUUGUGUAUCUCUACUAGAGGCAGCCAACUUUCUUACGAGGGGUUUCCAAUUGUCAGAACCAUAUUCCUUUAUACUGGAAACGUUACAAAGCUUAAAAAACCUACAUUUCCUUUUUAAAAGAGGUAUUUUUACAGUCAGAAAAUCCAGCUUCACAUGGACAUUUUUUGGCCUUAUUAACUUAUUAAGGAAUCUUACAUCAACUCUACAAGAGCUAAAGCAGUUCUCUCACUCGGAAGCAGCCAACAUGACCAAGCAUGUGCUUGGACUUGAUGGCAUUUUCAGGCCUGGAUAUUGUUAUUACUUCUCCUUUAUUAAAGGUUGGCUCGGGGCUGGUGUUGUCUCGCUCAGCUGAAGAACAUUCACCUCCCCACUUGCCUGCUCUCAAAAUAAAGGCUCAGAGAGGCGUCCAGUGGACCAGAACCACUCUUUUGUGUCUAUUUACCGCACUUCAACCUGGGUUUCCUUAUCCUAAGAGCAAGGGUUGUUCUCUUAACAAAUAGAUCUCACCAGUUCCAAAGCUGGUAAACUGCUUCUGUCAGGCCUGUGCUGACCUUCUGCAAAGCAAUCCGCUGGGGUAAGCUGACAGCUAAGUCGUGCUUAUUUUGACCUUCUCCUUACCUAGGCAGAGAAAAUUCUCACUCAUCCAUGAGAAUGUGCUUUACAUUUUUCUAAGGAUCAGUGAGGUGACAGGUAGUUUGUAAAGCCAAACAUGAUCAUUAUUUUUCUAAAUCAUAGUUGUUUCAGUUCUAGUUUUUUUUUCUAAUAUUCACAUGGAUUCCUGUUUAACCAAACCUCCCACUUCCACAAGCUAAUAAAUGUGUCACGCAGAUUGUUACAAAGAACUAUUGUUAUUUACAAGUCUACAUUUUCUGUGAAAUCAAAACAUAAUAAAGUGAA